AAGUACGUUACGUAAACCUCUUUGGUUACGUUACGUAAGUUCCAGAGAGCAGGAAGUGUGAUGUGGCUCUGACUUCCAACAAAAAUGUCAGCCAUUUUUAACUUCCAGUCGCUGCUAACAGUGAUUCUCCUCCUGAUCUGUACCUGUGCCUACAUCAGAGCGCUGGCUCCCAGCUUGCUAGACAAGAACAAGACCGGGCUUCUAGGAAUUUUCUGGAAGUGUGCCAGAAUAGGUGAGCGGAAGAGCCCCUGGGUGGCUUGCUGCUGUGUCAUCAUGGCUUUUAGUAUAUUGUUUCUACAGUAGCAGUCCAACGAAAACCACAAAUGGAAACAUUGGGGAAAUGAACAGACAACAAGGCAUGGACAGUACGAUCCUAGAAGCACAACAGGACCUCCAGUGGUUGCCACUCAGAUAAUGUAAAAACGGAGACCCGUCACCACUCACCGUAGCCACGGAGAGACAUAAUGUGUCUGUGCGGGAGGAAGGGUGACCUGAUAGCCCCAGAGUGUGUCUAGAUUCCUCCACAGACCCCCAGGUCUGUCCUUGUGUUUGCUUAUGUGGACCGUUUACACCAGAUGUAUAUGUGUUCUAUCAGUUCUUUCUGUUAUCUGCCAUUUAGUGUAAAGGAAAAACAUCACAAUGUGUGAUCGAAUGAUACAUGGUUUGUCAAAACAUUUCAAACUGAUUUUUUUUCCCCCUUUGAGUUUGUCACAAUUGCAUCGACCCCCCCAAAAGUUUGUUGCAUCUAAAAAUGCUGAUUAUAUUCCACAGCAAACAAAAUGGGAUGACAGCUCUUCAGAUGUCAAAUUGUCCUACAUGUAUUUGUCACAGAGAGCUACUGAUGCUUUUAAAGUCAGUUUGUUGCUAUUUAUUAAAGAACAUUUUUGGAAAUGUGGUUUGAAAAGACUGAAUUUUUUUUUUUUUCAUUUUAACUCAUUUUGAUUCGUGUUUGCUGUUGACAUCUGUUUGUUAAAUUGUAAUAAUGCCGCACUGUAAGGUGAAGUAUCAUUAAUAAUGACUUCAAACAUGCAAAAUAUACACAUU